AUGUACAGGGAGGAGGAAGAGGAGGAGGUUCUUUCUCUUUCUCCUGUCGGCGAAGCAACAGGUGAGUCAGGAGGACCAACGAACUCAGCGUCCGACAGCCGAGCGGGAGCAGCAGGAGGCGGACCGGGAGGCGGGUCGUACACCUCCCAGCCCCGUUUCUCAUCCUCGCUGCCCACCUACCUCCCCGUCCAGUGCCAGCUGGGCGGCGCCGACUCCGCCUUCUUCCUGCGGGAAGCCAACCAGGAGGUUAUGCGGAACGGCAGCCUGUCGUCGCGGACCGAGCCCUUCUUCCUCCACCAGCUGGAGCCGGGGGUCGCCGCCCCGCAAUCCCUGCCGAGCGUCAACUGCAGCUACGGAAACUUGAGCGUCGAGCAGCCGAUCCCCGUGGAGCUGCUGCAGGGUCCGCCGCCGCGCGUGCUGCCGACGACCGGCCAGGUGACUCUGAACUGGAAGGUCAAGGGUCAAAUUGUGGUGCCAAGAGUAGGGUCGACGCGGCCCUGGAUACAGGUGCUGUUCUACUUAGUGGGGCGGCGUUGGGACGAGCCUGAGCCGCUCCUUCCAUCCCUCCUGCCAUGUGUCAGAGCCGUGGCCGUCCGGGACGUCAGCGAGGCAGCACCCUCGGCCGGCUGCCGACUCGUGGGAUCAUCUGGCAUCUGCGUCGUCCGUCUGGAGAUUCCCCCAGCUUGGUUUACACCGCCGCAAGUGAGAAAGAGGCCUCCUGAAGUGACUCUACCCUCGCUGGAUGUGUAUUACUCAGUCAUACCGGUAGAAGGGGCUGGUCAAGAUUGUCCCUUCAGCGUCAACGAGCCGUGGAGAGGUCCAAGCGCCAACGUCGGGCCGCUCGGAGGCCUGGGCAUGGGCCUCGGGGGGCAGUGGAGCCCCCUGGUGGACGGGGGACUUCAGGACAUGCUGAAAGCUGGUUCUGUGGUCAUGACCGCGGGUCCGGUGUCCGCCAAAGGUGAGAGACUGAGACUGGAUGAAAAUGUGGAGGUCCUGGUGCCGCCCAGCCCAGUUCGGCUCGGGAAGACGGUGGCGUUUGGUGUCUACAUGAAGACGGAUUCAUACACGGAGCAGUUUACACUGAGGGUGUGGUUCCAGUCAGGCAUCAACUUCCUGGCUGUGAGACCCAGCAACCUUGUCGCGUGGGAGAUCAAACAGGAAAUGACACCGGGAAGCAGUUCACUGGCGGUGAUGUGUCAAAGGAAGGCCUCCUCCACGGCAGAGCGAUUGGAAAGUCCAUCGUACGAGGUGAUGCAGCUGGACUUCGAGGUGGACAACGUGAUCAACCUGGUGCCGACCCAGACUCUACACUGGAACGUGGAGUACCCGGCCGGAGCGCAGGCGACGUCCAGGCAGUCGGAGAAGGUCUCGCACCUCUACAUCAGCAACGCGGACAUACAGGGCAUUGUGCCGCUGGCCGAGGACACAGAAGUGGUGAACACAGCCAUUCUGACCGGCCGGCGCGUCGCCAUGCCCAUCAAACUUGUCACUGUGGAAACCGACGGGCAGGUGAGGGAGGUGGACGACUCGGUCACCUGCAGCUCAACAGACGUGGACGUGCUCAAGGUGACCCCAAACUGUGACCAGGUGCUGGUGAACGGCAAAGAGAUGCGCGGUCGGCAGGCGUUGGCGGUCAACUUCACCUACCUGCACCUGUCUGCUCAGCUGCAGCUCGACGUCUGGGUCCCCAAGCUGCCGCUGCAGAUAGACGUGUCGGACACGGAGCUGAGCCAGGUCAAAGGUUGGAGGGUCCCGAUCGUCACGAACAAGAGACCCACCAGAGACAGCGAAGAUGACGAGGACGACGAGAGGAAGGGCAAAGGCUGCACUCUGCAGUACCAGUACGCCCUGGUGCGGGUCCUCACCCAUUUCGUUGCCGAACCCUCUGACCCAGGAGGAGAGAUGGUUUACAUGUUGGGGGCCGACUGGCAGGCUGAUAUCACCCACUUGGUCAUGGACCAGUUAAAGGUAGAAGAUCCUCGCAUUGCCAGACUGAUAGAUGGGCAAAUUCUGAUGGGGCGGGACCUGGGCAUCACCACCAUACAGGUUCUGUCGCCGCUGUCCGACUCCAUCCUCGCGGAGAAGACCGUGACCGUGUUGGACGACAAAGUCACCAUCUCAGACCUGGGAGUCCAGCUGGUCUCGUCCCUGUCGCUCACUAUGACAGCGAGUCCUGGAAAUAACCAGGCUAUCCAGCUGACGACGACGGCCACGGACCUGCUACACACACCUAAACAGGAAGCCGUGGUCAGUGCGUGGAUCCAGUACAGUGACGGUUCAGUAACGCCGCUUGAUAUCUAUGAUCCCAAGGACUUCCUCCUCUCAGCCGUCUCAUUGGACGAGAGCGUUAUCUCCAUAACCAAUCAGGAACAGCACUGGCCGAUUGUGGUGGCAGAGGGCGACGGACAGGGGCCGCUGGUGCGCGUCGAGAUGGUCAUCUCCGAGACCUGUCAGAAGUCCAAAAGGAAGAGCGUCCUGGCGUCUGGAGUCGGCAACGUGUCGGUGAAGCUCGGGGCAAAGAGCGAGGAAAGGGGUGAGAUGGGAAGAGGUGGCCAGGAGGACGGAGGCGGGACGGACAACAGCACCGGCGAGCAUCGCACAAAGGACGGGGGAGAGUGGAAGUCCAACGGUGCGGCAGUGGAUCGAGAGGAAGGGGCCAUGAGGAAGGUCAGCGCGACGACCAAGAGCACAGUGAUCCACCGUGCGUCAGGUGGUAAAGCCGCCAGCGGAGGCGGCGGCAGCAGCAGCAGCCGGGGCAGCGGUCCGAGCCAGGCGGGGGACCACAGCACCUUCCCGGCACAGGUGGAGGUACCAGGGUCGGGGGACAGCGAGCUGACCCACACCACCAGGGGCCUGUCGGACCUGGAGAUCGGCAUGUAUGCUCUCCUGGGAGUCUUCUGUCUGGCGAUACUGGUCUUCCUCAUCAACUGUGUCAGCUUUGCUUUCAGAUAUCGUCACAAGCAAGUCCCCGUUCUGGAGACGGGAGGCAACAUGAACCACGCCCAUGACUGGGUGUGGCUCGGCAACGAGGCCGACCUUUUAGCCGACCACUCUGAGCAGUGCCAGGCUGGACUGUCCGAUGAGUGCACCACCAUUAUCGACCGCAAUGAAGUAGGAUACGAGGAGAACAAGUACCUGCUGAACGGCGCUGGCAACCCCCUGGUGAUGGGCGUGGGCACGGGCAUGGGCACCAUCAGCAGGAGCGGCGGCACGGGUGGACACCGGGGUAUCGCCCACGGACAAACCUUACCCAGAUCGGUCCCAGAACCACAUCAGUGCCUUUCAGCGAUCACCACUGGUGGCAAAGACGCCGCUGGCCAGGCGGAGCGUCUGAAUAAUUCGCCCAGAGCCACGGCUGCAGCUGCAGUCGCGGCCGCCAAGCGCAAACGCGUCAAGUUCACGUCUUUCGCCACCAUCCUGCCCAACGAUAAUUCGGGCGGGGGCGGCCCGUACACCAACUCCUCCGUCCUGGUGACCAACGGGAGCGAGGAUGACAUCAAGUGGGUGUGUCAGGAUAUGGACCUGGGUCAGUCUGAAAUCAGAACCUACAUGGAGAGGCUACAAGACAAUCUGUGACCGACGGGAAAGACUCCGAGGAGCGGAGGGGCAGAGGAUGAAUGCAGGCGGGGGGGGGAGGCCGGACAAUGAGUACAAUUCACCUGUAAUGCCUUUGCAAUGGAUGAAGGGAGGAAGAACGAGAGGAACGUGAGACGAGUAGAAGGAACGAGAAGUGUGGCGAACAUUAUUGAACAGAUCGAGGAGGGGAUGCUCAAAUUUAGCUCCCUGAGGCUGUGAAAAGCAUUCUGUCAUCAAUAGCUCACACAUGAAUCAGUUGUAGCACACAAUAUAUAGCAUUAUGAAUUUAUUUUAUAUUAUUUAUUGUGAAAGUAUUAGUGUAAAAUCAAUAAUUAGAUCACUAUUUGUUAUGAAUGAUUCAUUUUCAGAAUAACAGUAAACCAUUGUGCUAUACAGAAAAUUCAGGGUGUGUAGCUGGAUGAACACUAUUAAACCACUAUACAUUUAAAAAGAGGAUGGUAGAACUUAAAUCAUAAGUCUUUUUUUUUACUGAUAUGGUAUAUUGCCAACAUUGACUGUGGCUGCUCGGGAGAUCUAGUUUUAAUAUACAAACGUGUCACUUACCUGCUGAGGUUGUUGAAUCGUUACACAAUGAGUCACUGAAGCGCAGCGAAGACACCGUCUGUUUGUUCCUUGUUCUAUUAUGUGACCCAUCUCCUUUUUGGCAUUGCUCAUAAGUUAAAUGCAACGUGUAAAAAUAUAUAUAUAUAUAUAUAUAUAUAUAUUCCAAGUACUCAACUACAAUUGCAGGCAUUUUGCAGUCACCGGAGGGAGUUGCCAUUCAGCAGCGUAUUCUGGCAAUCUGGCCCUCUCCCCCGAACGGCACGUGCCAAGAGUUGGAAAAGACGAUGCGACACACAGAAGACUGUUUCUCCCUUGGAUCCAAGACAGAGGCAUUUAAUCUUGCACAAUUACAAAUAGGAAAGGACAUUAGCCAUAGUCGAGGCUCCCUCCCUGUAUUCAGAACCAAUCCGGUCCUCCCCUGUUCCCUCUCUGUGUCUGCGACUGGACAGCGACGGCAAGAAACUCCAUGAACUAAAAGUGCACAGUGGAAUACUGUGAAAUACUGUCUAUAAACUAAAGUGGGACCGACUGAGGUGUCUCCUGUUAAAAAAAAAAAAAGAUGGAGGAGGUUGCUUGGGGUUUGCAAAGCCUGACGGAAUACUUAAUAAAUGAGGAUUAUUUAAAAUAGAAACCAUGUAGGCUUCAACACAGACCCGAGUACCUACAUGGAGCUGAAAGGAUAUUCUGACUGACAUUACAAUACAAAUGAAAAGGGAGUGACACUCUUGAAAACCAUAACUGAUAGAAAUGGGUUCACGGGAACAUGUUUGUUCUUUCUGAAGCCCUACGAUAUAAUUAUAUAUAUAUUUGUUUUUCCUUUUGUUUGUCCUUUCUGAUAAAUAUAAUGUUUUUCCCUAUGAUUUUCCUCAUAAUUGUUUUGUAUUUUUUAAUUUGGAGAGAGAUAUUAAUCGUAGCUCUUUAUUUCAGAGACUUGUUAAGAUUUUGAGGAUAUAUGAUUGCGUUUCUUUUUUUCUCCUAGAGAUCUAUUUAUUUAAAUUAACAUUUGAGAGGGUGAGGGCGGCGUGGAACGGCAGAGGGCAAAGGUCGAAAAGACAAAAAGACCUGCUGGUGAACGAUAGCACACACUGGAAGAGAGAGAGAGAGAGAGAGAGCAGGUGAAAGGAAGGAGACAGAACGGGCAGAGGUUGCCUCACCUUCGUUAAAGCUCAGGUGACGAGUCAUAAAGAACCGACAACAAAAAAAAACUACAAAAGAGGAGAACUGUAAGAGUGUCAAGAUUGCAAUAUUUAUUUAUAAUUGUGUUGCUGUUUCAGAGUACACUGUAUGUUGUAAAUAAAUAAACAUGCUUCAAAGUGCUUGUGAAUACGAUUGCGGGUCACUAGCCAACAACAUGGUGAAUAUUUUGUACAUUUUACGGCGCAAAUAUGGUACACGACUACUAUCUUCCACCACAAUGUGAAAGUGGUUAUUAUUGGUUCUCAUUGGGGUUCUCUGUUUCUAAAGAUGUUCCUGUCUUUGUUUUACAGUAUUGACUGAGUUCUCGUUGUUUGUACAGGGUAUAGGAUUCAGUUCACCUCCUGAGUGAGAUGUAAAAAACGGCGGCAAUCCAUCCUGUAUCACACUCAAGAGAGCUUGAGGACGGCCGAGUCUGCGAGAUCAACCACUUUUAGAAGGGAAAACCAAAUCAAAUGGGUUUUUUUGGGGGGAUGUUUACUAGUGGGUGUAUAAGACCGAAUCUGGAAGACUGCCGGAAAACUAAGCAUCUCUGCUUUUCAACCAUUGGUUGAACAGAGACACAUUGAAAUCACAACCCGAACGAUUGGGUCUGAAACGUAAAGACCAGAGGAUGGAGGAGAGAUAAAAGACCUGAUCUGACUCCAAAUGGGGGGAACUGAAUGGGCUGCACAGCCUCCACCAAAGCAAUAGAUAUUUUUGACUACUGAUUGUGAUGCAUGUGUCCAAAACCUACAGUAUGUUUUGGACACAUGCAUAUGGCUCUAAGGUAGCAACAAAGAGCCCCUGUGAAGGGAUCAGGUCAAACAGGUCAGAGGUCAAUAGGCACUCGAGGUAAAAGAGUAGCACUGUUCUCAUUUGAAAAAAAAAUGGUUAUGACUCUAAACAAACUAAAAGUGUGAGUUGAAUCAUGAUUCACAACCGACUGUUCUGUACAUUUUUUAAUUCAAAUAAGAAAAUUUGGUUUUGAGUGAAUCUAUUGGUGGUUUUUUCAGCUUUCAUCUGAUUGGAGGGGAGGAUGAAUCGAGUCCUUGUGGGAGGGCUGGAACCGAACUUUGGCACGGCUCCCAGGAGGAAAUUGUUUCAAAAGUGAAAUUGUUGGGCGUCUUUGCAACCGUCAGAGGGGUUUGUGUUUGUUGAUUCAUGACAUUUAAAAGGUCAUUUCUUUGGGUAGCGAUAACUCAGUGUGCAAUAGUGAUGCACUGUAACCAGUGCAAGUAGCCGUGUGGUGUUCCCAGGGCGUGGCAGCGUUGUGUCUGACGGAUCUACAUCCAUAAUGGUUGAUGCCUUAUUUUUCCUGAGAGAAAAACAAGGAGGCCUUAUUGUCAGAGGACGGUUUUACAUUAUUAGCCACUGUAUGCGUCUCCGCUCACACUCCAUUUUGCAGUAACACCCCAGUGGUUCCUUUAUAUAUUUUCGUGGAGCCACAUUAGUUCUGCAUACUGUAACACACACGUCUCAAAAAGAAAAGAAAAAAAACUGUUUUCAUGGUGGAAACACUUAAAGCAUGUUUCCAAACAAUUCCUCUGGGAUGAAGCACAGGCGCAAGCAAGUCGCUCACCAAACGAUAAAAAGCUGUAAAAAGAAAAAAAGAAUGGGACUUUUACUGUGGCGAAAUUAUAAAACUCCUUCGUUAGCAAAAUGACUUCUUUCAAAUUGUGUUGAGUCGUUGUGUAAUUACAUUGGGAGGUCAACACAUGAAGCAUUGAGCAUCAACAUAGGUCGAAUAGGUGCAAGUGCACAAGCCCUGAAGGUGAUUUGUUUGAUUUGUUUCUUUUUGCUAUUGUCAUUGUUUAAACCUGGUUCUUGGAGGCCAAUAAAGACCCAUAACCAAAAAGUGA